UUAAAAAUCCUAAGUAGGUAAGUAAACAAAUGGAUUUGUUACGUUAUACGAAUAAGGACUAAUAAUUCAAAAAUACAUAUAGUUACAUACAUAUUACUAAAAUAUAUUUUUAUCAAACUAUACUAACCUAUAAUAAUUAUUAUGUAUAAUAUCUGACUCUCCCCACCAUGCCGACCGACGCGACGAUGCUAACAAUGCACGAACGCUAUUGGUCGAGAUACAGAGGGCGCGUCGCUCGAUCAUUAAUCCCCCAUUUCACGUCCGACGCGCUAACAAAAAGCGGAAUUUCAAAAUUGCGCGUUACAUUUCCAGUUCGACUCUCGUACUGUAAACAUCUAACUUAAUCGCAAUGCCACCCAAGACUAGCGGUAAGGCCGCCAAGAAAUCUGGCAAGGCCCAGAAGAACAUCUCCAAGUCCGACUCGAAGAAAAAGAAGAAGCAUAAGCGCAAGGAGAGCUACGCCAUCUACAUCUACAAGGUGCUGAAGCAGGUCCACCCCGACACCGGUAUCUCCAGCAAGGCCAUGUCGAUCAUGAACUCGUUCGUGAACGAUAUCUUCGAGCGCAUCGCCGCCGAGGCCUCACGCCUCGCCCACUACAACAAGAGGUCCACCAUCACCAGCAGGGAGGUGCAGACCUCCGUCAGGCUGCUCCUCCCCGGUGAGCUCGCCAAGCACGCCGUCAGUGAAGGCACCAAGGCCGUCACCAAGUACACCAGCUCCAAGUAAGCGUCGCUCGUUCGUAUUUCGACACGACGCGACACGCUGCAAGAGUGUGGUUUGUACGACAACCAAAAAGGCCCUUUUCAGGGCCACAAAUACGUUCUGAAUAUAAUAUAAAUGGUUUCUAGUCUCACAUACGCUGUCAAUCGGUAUUCAAACUACAAACAAACGUUAUGUUAUUAUGAUAUUUACUACAGUUAGUAGAUCGAUCUAGACGUGUUCAUUACAAAACGAACGAACGAAUGAUACAUAAAUAAAUACAAACACAAUAACAUAAUUGAAAAUACAUAUAUGAUAUAUAUGUAACGUUGAAAUAUUAAGGUCAAAAGUUAUGUUAGGUGAGCACAGUGAGGUUUCAACUAGUUAGGUUACAAUAAGUGAGGUUUGAUAAGGUUAGGUUGUACGAGGUGAGGUUUGAAAAAGUUAGGUUGU